ACCGGAGAAUGAACAGCAGAAUGCAUCAACAACAAAGGCAUAGUCAUAUGGCUAGCACAUUUACUCAGCAUUAUGACGAUACGGUUGUGCCAUCUCCACUAUCCUUCUCACCUCAGAAUAGUGUUAGCGCAGCUAGUACUUUUAGUCGAGCCACGAGAAGCAGUAGUGGAAAUAAUAGUGCAGCUACAGCAAUUCGUCUAGGGUCUUCAUCUUCAAUCAAUAAUAAAACUUGGAACGGAAGAAUGGGGGCCGGAAGAAGAUUAAUAAUGCCUCAUAAUGAGAGCUAUCGUCAAAGUAAUAGUUAUAGUAGCAGUAGACCAUCUGUCUUACAGCAAAGGUUUGAUUAUAACGAUGAAGAAGACACCCAAGAUGUUGGGACGAAUAACGAGCAAUUUUGCGAGGAAAAUGAGGAAGAGCAGUACAUUCAUUCGCAUAACAGACUCGUUUACACUACCAUGAAGAGAGGGCAAAAGACACGCGGAGGAAUUCCUUGGAUGUCUACGACGAAUUUGAAUAAUGAUAUGAAUGAGUCAUCUUCUUCCUCUUCCCAAACGUCCCAUCAAAAAACUCUUGCACAAAUCGAGCGUGACCGAUAUUUAGAAAGCAAUAAAAACUAUAUCUAGCUAAUACACUACUAAUCAAUAAAAACACUCGAGCAUGACAAUUUGCUGAGAUCUGUUGGACUGUUAUAUUCUGAUGUAACAGCUAACUCUUUAAAACAUAUCCUUUUUUGCGCAACAUUUUGGCAAAUGGAGGAAUAAUAAAUCCGUUCCCUCGUUGAAAUAAAAAU